AUGCUUGACAUUCUUGUUAACUCCCUGUACACGAACCGCCAAGUCUUCCUACGCGAGCUCAUUUCAAAUGGCAGCGAUGCCUUAAGCAAGAUUCGCAUGAUGUAUCUGAAGUCCCGUAAGGAGCCGGUGAACGCGACAGGCCACGAACCUACGAUGGAUAUCCGCAUCCACUUUAACGAGGAAAAGAAACAGCUCAUCAUCCAAGACGGCGGCGUGGGCAUGACGAAGGAAGAACUCGAUAAAAACCUCGGCUCUCUCGGCUCCUCAGGCACCAGGGGUUUUCUGGAAAGGCUUCAGAAUGCGAGCAAAGAAGGUUCCAACAAUCUAAUCGGGCAAUUCGGUGUUGGCUUCUACUCUGUCUUCCUCGUUGGCGACCGGGUAAGUGUGGCCUCCAAGAGCGACGAUAGCGAGACGCAGUACGUAUGGGAGUCGUCGGGGGAUGGAAAGUACUUUCUCUAUGAAGAUCCCCGCGGUAACACAUUGGGCAGAGGCACUGAAAUCACCAUCGAUCUCAAACCCGACGCCGUGGAGUUCCUGAAGCCGGAUCUCGUGAAGCGCGUGAUCCAGCAGUACAGUGAGUUUAUCGACUUCCCGAUCUACUUGGCUGAGGAGGUUGAGGUGGAGAAGAGUUCUCCAACGAACGCAACCGAGGAUGGCGAAAACGCAACCACGGAGGAUAGCAAAAACGCAACCGCUGAGAGCGGCGAUGAAAAGUCGGUGGAGAAAGUUCGUGAAGUUCAAUGGACACUGGUAAGCACUAGCAAGCCCAUCUGGACCCGUUCGCCCGGCGAUGUAACGGAUGAAGAGUAUGACCAAUUCUAUCAAUCAACCUUCAAAGAUUACAAGUUUCCCAUGUACUACUCCCACUUCAAAGCCGAGGGAGAGGUCGACUUCGAUUCCAUCCUUUUUAUCCCACACGAGGGCGACGUCUCAUCACUCAUGGAGGAUGUCGAAUUGAACAAUAUCAAGCUCUACAUUCGCCGCGUCUUUAUCACGGACGAGUUCCGUGAUCUAAUACCACGCUACCUCGGCUUUGUGAAGGGAAUUGUGGACAGCAAUGACCUCCCCCUCAACGUAUCGCGAGAGAAUUUACAGGAAAACCGUAUCCUGCGCGUCAUCAAGAAGAAGCUCGUGCGUAAAAUCUUUUCGAUGAUCUCCGAGAUUGCUGCGCAUGAAGAAAACUUCAAGAAGUAUGCGAACACAACGGACGCGGACAAGGCCGAAGGCCCCGACCGUCGUGGUACGAAGAAGUUGGUGAAACCGAUGUACACGCACUUCUGGGAGCAGUUCGGAGUUAACAUUCGAUUGGGAAUUAUCCACGAUUCUGUUAACCGAGGACGCCUCAGCAAGCUCUUGCGAUUCAAGACUUCUCAGAGCGAGGAUGAAUACAUCAGUCUACAGACUUAUGUUGAUCGUAUGAAGGAAAACCAGAAGGGCAUUUACUAUCUAACAGGUGAUUCUAUUGAGAGGAUUAAGCAAUCCCCAGUGCUGUCGGACGCCCUGGAUCGCGGAUUCGAAGUGCUGUACAUGACGGAGGCCAUUGAUGAGUAUUUUAUCCGAUACCUGCCCGAUUUCGCCGGUAAGAAGCUCCUGAAUCUUGUCCACAAUGAGGUCCAGAUGGACGACCUUGAUGAGGUUCGCCGGGCAGUUGACAAGAAACGCGCGGAGAUGUACAACGACUUUUUAAUGUAUCUAACGAAGCUCCUCGAGCCUGGUGAGGUGAGCAAAGUAACCUUGACUCAUCGCCACACCACGGAAGCCUUUAUUGUAUCUUCCAACCAGCAUCACAUAACAGCGCGCAUGGCAAAUAUCAUGCGCAACCAAGCUGCCGGAAUGGAGACCACCCCUCCUAAGGUGAAGCGUAUUGUUGAAGUAAACCACCGCCACCCACUCGUGAACGACCUUUAUCAGCGAUUUACCGUCGAUAAGGAUGAUGAAUUGGCUAAGGAUAUCGCAUGGGUUCUGUACGAUACUGCCAGUAUGCGAGCUGAGUUCCCGAUAUUGAACAUUUCUAUGUACGCAAAACGUGUUGAUCGCCUUCUACGCAAUGGCGCCGACAUCAGUCUAAACGAGGAACUGCUUCCAGAGGAUGACGACAAGUAUUUGGGAAUUAUCGAAGAGGAAAAGGCGGCGGCGGUGUCUGUGAAGGAAAAUGAAACCCAGAAAAGCACGGAGGAGGUGGACGAUAAACCAGUCACUACGGAAAAGGAUUUGAAGGAAAGCCCUGAGACCAACGACGAUUUAUAA